GAGAGUCUCAUAUUGCCUGACCUGAAAGUUUUUGGUUUAAGGCAGAAAUAUGGGUUCCACUACGGUAAAUAACACACUCAUUCACCCGCAGGUUUGCGUUUUAUUGAAUAAGAACAUGCACUUCAAUGGCAUGUUUUUGAGCGGUAACCCUUUGGACUACAUCGUUCCUGUCUUUAUGCUUCAAGUCAUCUUGUCUGUCCUGAUCUCUCGGGCGAUCCACGUUACUCUCAGGCCAUUAAAACAAUCUAAACUUGUCUGCAAUAUCUUGGCUGGACUUAUCCUAGGACCUUCCGUCCUUGGGCGCAGCAAAUUAUACAUGGAGAAAAUGUUUGCACCAAAAGAGAUGGUAGUGACUGCCACUAUGUCAAACAUGGCUACUACCUUAUUCAUCUUCCUUAUAUGUAUCAAAAUGGAUGCAGCUAUGCUCUCCAGAACAGCAAAGGAGACUUGGAGAAUUGGCCUGUCUUGCAUGAUCAUUCCUUUUCUAUUCACUGUAGCGUGCACAUUAUCGCUAGACCAUUUCCUCCCUGGAAUUAGGGGCGGCAAAGCCUUCCCCAUUCAAUUCAGUAUAGUUUCGUCGCUAAGUUAUUUCAUUGUUAUUGCUCAUGCCCUGGAUGAACUUAAUCUUUUAAGUUCUGAGUUGGGACAACUUUCCAUAUCAAUCACGAUGCUCAACGAAAUUGUUUCAGGCUUUCUUGUAAUGGUUGGAGUUGCUUUAGGGCAGAAAGAUAAAAAGGAUAUGCUUUAUGCCAUCCUUUCUCUGUGUGGAUUGGCAGCAUUCGUAAUCUUUGUUAUACGACCAGUGUUACAUUGGAUUAUUAAGAGAACACCAAAGGGGAAACCAGUGCAUGAAUGUUAUGUUAUAGCAAUUUUACUUUGGACAUUGUUAUUGGGAGUGGCCACUGAUGCUGUAGGUGCAUCCUUCAGUCCUGCAGCUAUGAUUAUGGGCUUUGUCAUACCAGAUGGACCACCUCUGGGUGCAACAAUAACAGAAAAAUGUGAACUUUUCAUCUCAGAGUUUUUUCUGCCUUUGUUCUUUGUUCGCAUCGGUUAUUUUACCAAUUUGUCAGCAAUACAGGAUUGGAAGGAGUUGAUAGCCUUUGGAGCAGUCAUCGCCGUAGGGUACUUAGGGAGGAUAGUAGGAAGUAUCUUGGUUUCAUUGCCUUUCAACAUGAGGAAAAGCACUGCGAUCUUGCUAAGCCUUAUUUUGAGUUUACAAGGUAUAGUUGAACUACUUCAAGGCAUUCGAUGGAAACAUCAAAAGCUUUUAGAUGACCAGAAUUUUGCAACUUUGGUGAUGAGCAUUAUUAUCUUGAAUGCGAUUAUAACACCCACAAUAGAAAUCUACUACAAGCCUGAGGUAAAGGGUUUUGAGUUGCCUGACUCUGUCACACAACGCGCUAGGUCGCUUGAAAUGACUUCAAGCAUUGGAGAAUUACGGGUCAUUACCUGCGUUCAAGAGGAAGACAACGUCCCAAGCAUCAUUAGCCUCCUUGAAGCAUUGAACCCCAAGGAAGUAAGCCCAAUCUGUGCCUAUGUUAUCCAUCUUGUUGCACUGGCUAGCCAAACUGUUCCAACUUUAGCCCCUUACAAGAAUCACAAAAGAAUGUUUAGCAAGCCCAAUGGCUCAGAUAACAUCAUGCGAGCAUUUCUAAACUACGCGGAACACUCACGGGGUCCAGUUCAAGUUCAGCCCUUCAGAAUGAUUUCCCCCUUUAAGUACAUGCAUCAACCAAUAUGCAGGCUUGCUGAAAUGAUACGUACACCUCUAAUUAUAGUUCCCUUUUUCAAAAGCCAAGAUGUCCAUAGCACCGAUGGCACCUUGCGGAUUUUCAACAAUAACAUCCAAGCAUUUGCAAAGUGCACGGUUGGGAUUCUGGUGGAUAGAGGGUUGCGCACCCAUUUCAGUUUAACUAGCUUCUCUUAUAACGUGGCAGUGAUCUUUCUUGGUGGAGCUGACGAUCGCGAGGCAUUAGUUUUUGCAGCUCGCAUGUCAAGGCAUCCAUCUGUUGCAAUCACGUUAUUGAGGAUUCACUUGAGAGGAAAUAGAACAUUGGAAUUUGAAAUUGAGAGGGAGCUAGAUGAGUCCUUGCUCAGAGACUUCAAGGCUAUGAACGAUAGCAAUGCUUGUGUUGUUUGUCAUGAGUUGGUGGCACAUAACAGUGAGGAAGUUAUGCAGGCACUUCGAUUUUUAGCAAAUACCUAUGAUCUUGUAGUUGUGGGAAAGCGGCAUGGAAUUGCUCAGUUCGAAGAAGGAUUGAUCAGUUGGACACAGUAUCCGGAGCUUGGGGUUAUUGGAGAUGCGAUAGCUGCACCAGAUUUCUACGGGGGAAUGAUGUCGGCAUUAGUGUUACAACAUCAUAGUGAAGAAAACCAGAGCGUCUGUCAAGGGUACUCCUGGAAAGAUAGAAGAGAAAGAUGGUUAGAGACAAAAAUGGGAAGUAUUAUUCUCUGCAUUUGCACUCUAAUGCGCAAGUCAAAACAGGUUAAGUCUCAUCAACUUUAUUCUACUUCUGCUCUUUCACUAAUUGAUGCUCCCAUCGUCACUUCUAUUCCACUUUGGUCAAUUCUUAUUAAGAUUAUUUGUUCACUUGAAGGGUCUCCACUUCAUCCUUCUUCCCUCGAAGUUGUGUUGCUCUCGACCAUAGUUCAACCUCAGAAUCUUGCUCCUACUCAGGAGUCAGAGUCUUCUGGCAAUGAAGAUUUUGAUGAUGAAAAAUGUUUUGACAAGGAACAAGGGGAAGAGAAAACCACUGCUAGGGAAAGUGAUAAUGAGGAGGUGAUCCUAUAG